AUGGCCGCAAAGAUGAGAGUUCCAUUCAAGAACUGUUCGAUGGUUCAGCAGCAGGCCUGCCUCAAGCUUGGUCGACAAUCAUGCCGUGCUUUGAGUGCAGCAACUACUGGCGGCAAUAAAGCAUCGGUAGCAGAGCACAAUUCCCUCAAGGCAAACGUCCCACCUCUGCCACUCGCUGCCUCGAACACUCCAUUCACAAGCGAAGUUCCAGCAUGGAAAUCAGAACGACCAGCUUUCAGUGUGAGCAAGGCCGCCAAGACUCUUCCACCAAAUCAUCCUGCUCGGAUACGGGAGCUUCAGACUUUCAUGCUGCCAGAAGAGGUCACUGGUAGUGACGCUGAUCGUGCACUUGGCAAAGAGCUUGUCGCUGCUUGGCGCAGAGAUGGCAUUCUUCAGAUCCAAUUCCCACCACGCCUGCAAGUUCUUUCGGAUGCCAUCAAACAGAGCAAAUCCUUCUUUGCCCAACAACACGACGCCAAAGCGAAAUGCGUCGACUCACAGUCUUUCGCUGGCUACAUCGCAUCCGGCGAGGAGAUCACAGACGGCAUAGCCGACUACUCCGAAAUCUUCACAGUAACCAAGGACCUCACCUCAUCCGACCCGCGAGUUCAAUCCAAAUGGCCGUGCCACGGUCCCAACCCAUGGCCAUCAAAGACCUACGAGCAAGCAAUCACCGCCCUAAUGGACUACAAAGGUCGCAUCGGCGAGAAGCUGCUCCACCUCACAGCCCUCGGCCUUAACCUUUGGAAUCCGUGGGCACUCAACCAGCUCACGCAGGAUGGAUGGCACCAUAUGAGAGUCCUCCGCUUCCCACCUACCAAUCAGACAAAUGGCAAGGGUAAAGCGGGACGUGGAAUCGGAAGCCAUACCGAUUAUGGACUUCUGGUGAUUGCGGCGCAGGAUGAGGUCGGUGGUCUUUUCAUUCGUCCGCCCAUCAAGGGAGAGAAGUAUGAGAAUUGGAAGAACAGUGCGGCGGGUGCGCAUGAGAGCGAUGAGAAAUGGGUUUAUGUGCCGCCGGUUGAGAAUGUGUUUACUGUCUUCCCAGGAGAUAUGAUGCAGUUCAUGACGAACUCGUAUCUUCCGUCAACACCUCACAAAGUCGGACUGAACACACGGGAGCGCUUUGCGUUCGCUUAUUUCCAUGAGCCGAACUUCAAUGCCGUCUGCAAACGACUGCCCGAAUUCAGAGAUGGCAGCGAGGCCGAGAAGGAGGAGGUGCAUUAUGGCACCCAUUUCACGAACAUGUUCAUGCGAAACUACCCCGAUCGCAUCACUGCGAAGCGCGUGCGAGACGAGGGCAGGAUGGAUCUUCUGGAAGGUAUCAAGGAUGAGCAUGGAUUUUCGUUUGAUGGUUGA